AAUGGCUUUGAACACGCAACCGAACAUUUCGAUAUUCAAGCCACUCGAUUUCUUUCUUCGCAACAAUGGGCCGAAAUUAAGAUCCACAUUUUGAAUAUUUGUUAUAUUCCAAAUUUAUUUUCCGGUAAUUUUAUGAUCGAUAGACACCGACUAAUCUUACUAGGCUGCGUAUGAAUCUUGCAUGAAUCUUUAACUGUAUAUGCUGCAGGAUUUUUAAAGUUAUAAAGGAAUUUAAACGAUAAUGGACGAACCGGAUCGGAAUUCCGAACCUUACAACAGCCUGCAUCACAGGAACCCACACCAACGCACCAACUUCCAGAGGCAGAACCUGCCCGUCAUCGAAGUCGAAACACCCACAGAAGAUGAAAUGCAAAUCACCGAAGCCGAAAUUCUACAUUACUACGACGACUUCUAUCACACCACCAAGAGCCUUUUGGUGCUGUUUCAGGUGAUGGGCGUCAUGCCCAUCGAAAGGGAAUUGGGACACACCACUUAUAGAUGGACCUCGGCAACUAACGUUUGGGCUUACUUCAUAUUCGCGAUAGAAACGAUUUUCGUGUCGAUAGUUUUCCAAGAACGGCUCAAGUUGGUGCUGUUGCCGGGAAAACGGUUCGACGAAUACGUUUACGCCUUCAUAUUUCUGAGCAUCCUCGUUCCCCACUUCUUGCUGCCCCUCGGAGCUUGGACGAACGGAUCAGAAGUAGCGAAAUUCAAGAACAUGUGGACCAAGUUUCAGUACAAAUAUUACUGCGUGACGAAAUCGAAGUUGGUAUUCAAAAAUUUCACCGUGAUAACCUACUCUUUGUGCGUGGCUUCUUGGGUCAUAGGGAUCAUGGUAAUGUUGGCCCAGUAUUACGUGCAACCCGACAUGUUGCUGUGGCACACCUACGCCUAUUACCACAUUCUGGCCAUGCUGAAUUGCCUGUGCUCCUUGUGGUUCAUCAAUUGCAUGGCCAAGGGCCAAGCCGCCCGCUGGCUGUCCCAGAAUCUGCACAACGCUCUGCAAAGCUCCGAUCCGGCCACUCGUCUGUCCGAGUACAGGGAUCUAUGGGUGGAUUUGUCGCACAUGAUGCAACAAUUAGGAAAAGCUUACAGCGGCAUGUACGCGAUGUAUUGCGUUCUGAUCAUUCUGACCACGGUUGUGGCCAGUUACGGAUGCUUAACGGAGAUUCUGGACCACGGUUUGUCGUUCAAAGAGGGCGGUUUGUUCCUGAUAUCCGUCUAUUGCAUGACGUUGUUGUUCAUUAUUUGCAACGCCGGGCAUCAGACGUCCAAUAAAAUGGGACCGGAGUUUCGCGAGAGAUUGCUGAAUGUCAAUCUGGGUGCCGUCGACGAAAGGACACGACAAGAAGUCAACAUGUUUCUCACCGCUAUCGAUAAAAAUCCGCCCAUAAUGAAUUUAAAUGGUUACGCAAACGUAAACAGAAAAUUAAUUUCAUCGGUAAUUACUUCAAUGGCUACAUAUUUAGUAAUGUUAAUGCAAUUUCGUUUAUCGCUGAUGAGAAACGCUGCUAUCGCAGCUAAAAGAGCUGCUAUUGCGAACCUAACAGCACAUCAUACGUAGCAAAUUUUCAAAAAACUUUCUAAAUUAUGUACACUAUACUUCAGAAAAUGUUGCAAUAUAAGUAGAUAUAGUCCUUGCGGUAAAAUUUUCUGCAUGUAUAAUUAAAAUCAAAUGAGUAAAUUACUUUCAAUAACGCACCUAUACGUUUUUCUGCAAAAAUGCUGAUAUAAUGAAUAAUUGAACUAACAAUUACAGA